AUGCUUAAUGUUCUUGUCAAUCACAAUUCAAACAGCGUGAGUGCAAUAACAACCACUCGACUUGAAAAAUCUGUUUUCCUGAAAAACUGUGUUCCUGUUUCAUAUUCUUUCUUUCUAUCUAUCUAUCUAUCUAUCUAUCUAUCUAUCUAUCUAUCUCCUCAUAUCUUUUCUACCUUUCAUUACGUGUUCACAUCCUUAUUUUCCUUUCUUUUUUCUUUCUUUCUUUCUUUCUUUCUUUCUUUCUGUCAUAUUCUGUCUGUCUAUCUAUCUAUCUAUCUAUCUAUCUAUCUAUCUAUCUAUCUAUCUCCUCAUAUAUUUCCUUCUUUUCAUUCGGUCGUUACUGAGCUAUUUUCAUUUCUUUCUUCUUUUCUUCUUUCUUUCUUUCUUUCUUUCUUUCUUUCUUUCUUUCUUUCUUUCUUUCUUUCUUUCACGGUUUAUCUAUCUAUCUAUCUAUCUAUCUAUCUAUCUAUCUAUCUAUCUAUCAUGACCUGUUCAUUAUCUAUCUAUCUAUCUAUCUAUCUAUCUAUCUAUCUAUCUAUCUUUUUUCAUAUGUUUGCCAUUCUUUCUCUUUCUAUCUAUCUAUAUGCAUCUAAUCAUUCCGCAUUCUUUCCUUCAUUACUUUCUUUCUUUCUCCAUUCCGAUGUCUCCGUUUCUCGUUGCCUAGCGUUUGUGUUAAUGUUCUCGACCAGAUGGCGCGAUAAACGCGUUUCCAAAUACAAAAAUGAAUCGCUGUCCCAGCACACGUCACUCGUCGGCCAGAGACAAUCACUAACAUUUACUGAAAUGCUUUUUUUUCUCUCUAUUCCUUCUUGCUUCUUCUUAAUUUCUCUUUGCGUUACUUCUCUCUUUCUCUUUCUUCUUUUUUCAUUUCUCUUUUUUUCCCAGUUUCUUUUUUUAUUCCGUCUUUCUCUGGACUUUAUCUUUCUAUCAAGACUAAAAUACCUAGUAGGUGUGGUUCCGUGA